AUGAUUUCUCCAACAAACAUCACCGUACGACGUUUGCUUGUUGCACAUCGUGCUGCCGUCAAUGUUGUUGAUUUUGAUAGCCGAUAUAUUGUUUCGGCAUCGGGUGAUCGAACUAUAAAGGUCUGGCAUACUGAUUCAUGUGAAUUUUUGCGUACAAUGACUGGGCACAGACGUGGCAUUGCAUGCUUACAGUAUCAUGACCGGCUUGUUGUUUCUGGAUCCAGUGACAACACCAUCAGAUUAUGGGACAUUGAAGUGGGUGCAUGCCUAAAAGUUUUGGAAGGCCAUGAGCAACUUGUUCGUUGUAUUCGUUUCGAUUCCAAACGCAUCGUUUCUGGCGCUUAUGAUGGAAAAAUAAAAGUUUGGGAUCUACAAGCAGCGCUAAAUCCUCGUUCUCCUCCAGAUAGCAUAUGCUUGCUCACGUUGGUGGAUGGAAGAUGA